AUGGCUGCUUUCAGCCUAGCGAGCUGCCUGGGGCUGGAGGCAAGGAAGAAGGCAGCACCUCCCUCGGCCGAUCUGCGCAGCCGCACCGCGGCACGAACCUUCACCUUCGACGAGCUCGCGGCGGCGACCAGGAGCUUCAAAGACGGCUUCCGCAUCGUUCGGGAGGCGAGUCUCUACAAAGGCUACCUCAGGAGCGUCAAUCAGGUCGUUGCUAUAAAGCUGCAGCAUGCCGUUGAUCCCAGUCGAACAUCAUCGGAGCAACUCAACAGGGAGUUUCUUGCCCGUGUCAUGACGCUUAGCGCGCUGCGCCACCCCAAUGUCGUCAACCUUGUUGGCUUCUGCGCGGACGGGCAUCACAGGAUCUUGGUUCACGAGUACAUGCCAUUGGGCUCUCUCCAAAAUCACCUCCAUGACCGGUCUCCGGGCAAAGCACUGCUAGACUGGAACACAAGGAUGAACAUAGUUGACGGCGUGGCCAAGGGUUUGGAGUAUCUGCACCACAAAGGUGUGGUAUACCACAAACCCAUCAGUUGCUCGGACAUCUUGCUCGGAGAUGGCUACCACCCAAAGCUGUCCCAGUAUGGACUGGCAGACCUUGAUCGGCUAGUUGCGGAGGAUGAGGAGGAAUUGUGUAUUGAUUUCACUAGAACCGCUACUAUUGCCCCCGAGACAGCAUUUACCAGGAAGGCGACCAUGGAGUCGAACGUGUACAGCUUUGGCGGCGUGCUGCUGGAGUUGAUCACAGGGAGGAGGCCCGUCGACCCCGCCCAGGCCAUCGCUGAGGAUCGCAACCUUGUCAUAUGGGCGACGCGGUUGAUGAAGGACAGGAGCCAGUUAGUCCGCUGGAUGGCAGACCCGGCACUGCAGGACGUAUCCGUCCAUGGAUUUGCAUGAGGCACUGAAAGUUGCUUCCAUGUGCAUCCACCAACAGCCGGCCAUGAGAUCCCCCAUCAGCGCUGUCGCCGCGGCUCUGUCUCGCCUUGCCGCCCACGAUGA